GCGCAUUUCAGAGGAAUAAUGCAUUGUGGGAUUGGACGCUAUUGACAUAGCGACAGGAGAGCUGGUAGAGAAACAAUCUUUUUCCUAUUUUUUUAUCAAUAGUUUGGGGGAAAUUAUCAUUCCAACAACUGCUAUGAACGCGUCAGUGGCCAAAAAGACCCAAGACACUUUGGGGAAAGUGAUAAAGAAACCGCCGCUUACUGAAAAACUGCUCACCAAACCGCCGUUUCGAUACCUGCACGACAUAUUCAGUGAGGUGAUCCGGACCACUGGCUUCAUGAAGGGACUCUAUGUAGAGACAGAGAUGAAGUCAGACAAUGUGAAGGAUAAGGAUGCUAAGAUGGCGUUCCUGCAGAAGGCCAUGGACGUGGUAAUGCUGGUCAGCGGCGAGCCCCUGUCGGCCAAGCCGGCACGCAUUGUAGCUGGCCACGAGCCCGAGAAGACCAAUGAGCUGCUGCAGGCUAUAGCCAAGUGCUGCCUCAACAAGCUGUCCAGUGAGGAGGCAGUGAAGCGGGUGCUGAUGGGGGACAAGCUGGACCCCAAAGGGAAGGCCAGCACCUCCCGUUCCCAGGACAAGGAGAACCGGGAGGGACGAGAGCGCCACAGAGACCGAGAGGAGAGGAAGGAGAUACGAGAGCACAGCGUCGGUGGAGGCCGGGAGAAGAAGGACCCGGACCAGCCCAAAGAGCAGGAGGACAGGCGAGGCAACAAGGAGAAGGAGCCCCACCGCGAGGGAGAGCGGUCGGAGAAGGCCCGCGAACGAGACCGGACCAAAGACCGCGACAAGGACAAGAGCCGGGACCGAGAGAGGGACAAAGACAAGAGAAGAGAGAAAGACUGGGAACGAGACAAGGAGAGGGAGAAGGACCGAGGCGGAGAGAAGAGCAAAGACAAGGAAACACACAGAGCGAGAGACCGAUAUAGGGAGGAAGAUGGAGACAGGGAUAAACGGCGAGAGAAGGGAGAAAGGGAGAAGGCGAGAGAGACCAGACACAAACAGGGGGAGGAGAAGACCAAAGUGCCAGAGAAAGGGGACAAAAAGGCCAGAGCGUCAGAGGAGUCAAAACACCGACCACAUCCAGAGGAGCCCAGUAAAACGACCAAACCUGAACCAGCGGCUGCAGAAGUCACAGACAAGCAGUCUGACAGUCCAGCCAGAAUACCCCGGCCUUCAUCUGCUAAGGGGCAGAGGCGCAUGCCCAAAGCAGGAGCCCAACAAGAGUCUGACGGUGAAGGAGAUGGAGACACUCCAUUGGCAGAGAGGCCGGUCCCCCUGGAGAACGGCGAUGCCACAGACGCAGUGCCAGCCCACAUGGCCCACAGCAACCGAAGGAUACCUCGGCCCAACAGCGCACGGCCUGCCCCUCCUCGGUUCAAGAGGCAGGAGAGCUAUGCUGACGUGACCCCGGCUGAACGGCUGACCAGUGCCAAGCACCCGGCAGCUGUCAUAAUGGAGGGGAAGAAGCUCUCUGAGGAUGAGGAGGAGGAUGAAGAUGAGCAGUUUGUGGUGCAGGAGGCUGCCCCUCCUCCCCCCGACAUGCCCGACAUGGAGGUGGAUCCUUCAGUGGGACUUCAAGGCGAUGAGAAGCAUGGUGGGCUGGUGAAAAAAAUCCUUGAAACCAAGAAAGACUUUGAAACAUCACCAUCAUCUCCAAAGAUCAAAGACCAGACACAAAGCCUGGUGUCGGAGGCGGCCAGGAAGAAGGAGAGGGAGCUGGUGUCCAGGGAGAUCGAACGGCUGCGCUCGUCCAUCCAGACGGUGUGCCGCAGCGCCCUGCCACUGGGCAAGAUCAUGGACUACAUCCAGGAGGACAUGGACGCCAUGCAGAACGAGCUGCACACCUGGAGGAGGGAGAACAAGGAGCAUGCGCAGGCCCUGCUGCAGGAACAGAGAGUGACGGACAACGCCGUGGAGCCUCUGAAGGCCGAGCUAGCCGAGCUGGAGCAGCUGAUCAAGGAGCAGCAGGACAAGAUCUGCGCUGUCAAGUCCAACGUCCUGAAGAACGAGGAUAAGAUCCAGAAGAUGGUGACCAGCAUCAACUUCUCCUCGCGAACAUGAGGGGGAGCCAAGGUCCAAAUAAAGGGGUUCGCUCCCUUAAAAAAAUAAGUGUUUGGGUGAGCCUGGGUUCUUACUUAGUCUGGUAACAUCCGAAAUGAUAGAGGCCUCAACUGCACUUUCAUUCCUUGUCAUCAAUGUUCCCUCUAAACUUGCGCGUGUGCGUGGGCCCGCACUUCCUCCAGGACUGCAGUGCAGAAGAAAUGCCAUGCUGCGCAGAGACGCAAGAGAUUGAACUUCACUGAGUUCACCCCAUUAGUUUGCACUAUAUAGAUCAAUGUUUUUUCUGUGAUCAAAUCAACAUUAAAUCAGCCCCUUUUCAAUGCAACAAACCAAAACAAAUCUAACUUUGCAAGAUUGAGUCUGUGAUUUUGCUGUAGGCAGAGCCAGAGCGCAACGGAGUAGAAUUCUAUUGGCAGGGGUAGCCCACUAGCGGUCUUUCAAUCACCCAUGAGUUAAUGCCUUUUCAGUUCAGAUCAGAGUGCAGAGCGUGUGCACAUUUGUUGAUAUUCUUUGCUAGUUAGUGAGUUGUUAGCCCAGUUAUAGAUAAGUAUAGGUCAGCCAUGGGUUGUUACUGCUUCCUACAAGAGCACAAAACAUGUAGGAUAUAUUUCAAGCUGUCUUUGAAAAGCCAGUCAGGUGAAAAGCUUACAUCUUAAUUAAAGGGGCGGUAUUGUAUUUUGAGACGUGCUUGAAUAUGCAAAUAAGCCAAUAUGCAGAGCGGUAGCCUACAUUGUCUAAUUCUCUCUAUGGUAAUAAUAAUUAGUUGUAUUUUAUAAAGUGUUUCUUGCAUCAUGCAACACAAUACAAUGCCAUUUACAAUCAUCUAUUUGGCCCAUGGCGUUAGAGACCAAGUAAAAAAUUAUAAAUUAAUAUCAAGUCUUUUAUAAUGUUUAUUUAAUUUUUUAAAUAUAAGUCUCAUGCAAUGUAGGCCUGCAUUGAACACCACAUAUAGGAUACUGUAGUAGGCUAUAUCAUUGAAAUCAAAAGCUAUUUCCAUGUGAAAAUGUUAUGGGAUUUGCUCCAUUGGUUUUGCUGGUAGACCUACAUUAUUUUCAAAUUCCACAAUAGCCAUUGGCUACUGUCAAACCUCAGAGUUCAUUGUAAACGUGCACCGGAAGUUGCACAAAAUUCUCACAAUGUUCAAGUUUCCGCUCACAAAACCAAAAAUUUGCUCAGUGCCCCCAAACAAUGGAGGGAACGUUGGUUGUCAUGUCAUGAUGAGAAAAAACGCCCCGCUUUUAUCACCCCCUCUCUUUUCAUGGUGCCUUUGUGGAACGCACACACACACACACACACACACACACACACACACUAACUGACUGGUUAUGGAGAGGGUUUUGUAUUCAACCCCCUAGGGAGAGAGAUACACUUGUGUUAAUUUGUUAGUGCUCCAUCCACUUUAUGGUGAUUGACAUACCUUUACAUGUUUCAUUAGUUUUUCAUUUUUUGACAUUACAUACUGUAUGCAUAGAAUAAGGCUUGACUUGAAUCUGUAUAUACAGUACCAGUCAACUUUGGACACCUACUCAUUCAAGGGUUUUUUUUUGUACUAUAUUCUACGUUGUAGAAUAGUAGUGAAGACAUCAAAAAUAUGAAAUAGCACAUAUGGAAUCGUGUAGUAACCAGAAAAGUGUUUGCCGUGAUGAUAGUUUUGCACACUUUUGGCAUUCUCUCACCCAGCUUCAUGACGUAGUCACCUGGGAUCCAUUUAAAUUAACAGGUGUGCCUUGUUUAAAAGUUACUUUGUGGAAUUUCUUUCCUUGAUGCUUUUGAGCCAAUCAGUUGUGUUGUGACAUGGUAGGGGUGGUAUACAGAAGAUAGCCCUAUUUGGUAAAAUAACAAGUCCAUAUUAUGGCAAGAACAGCUCAAAUAAGCAAAGAGAAACGAUAGUCCAUCAUUACAUUAAGACAUGAAGGUCAGUCAAUCUGGAAAAUUUCAAGAUCUUUAAAAGUUUCUUUAAGUGCAGUCUCAAAAACCAUCAAGCGCUAUGAUGAAACUUGCUCUCAUGAGGACCACCACAGGAAAGCAAGACACAGAGUUACCUCUGCUGCAGAGGAUAAGUUCAUUAGAGUUACCAGCCUCAGAAAUUACAGCUCAAAUAAAUGCGUCAGAGUUCAAGUACCAGACACAUCUCAACAUGAACUGUUCAGAGAAGACUGCGUGAAUCAGGCCUUCUAAUUUGACAGCCGUGUCUUUGUGAGACGCAGAGUAGGUAAACGGAAGAUCUCCGCAUGUGUGGUUCCCACCGUGAUCCAUGGAGGAGGAGGUGUGAUAGUGCUUUGCUGGUGACACUGUCUGAUUUAUUUAUAAUUGAAGGCACACUUAACCAGCAUGGCAACCACAGCAUUCUGCAGCGAUAUCCCAUCUGGUUUGCGCUUAGUGGGACUAUCAUUUGUUAUUCAACAGGAUGAAUGACCCAACACAACUCCAGGCUGUGUAAGGACUAUUUGACCAAGAAGGAGAGUGAUGGGAGUGCUGCAUCAGAUGACCUCGCCUCCUUAAUCACCUGACCUCGACCAAAUUGAGAUGGUUUGGGAGGAGUUGGUCCGCAGAGUGAAGGAAACAAGCUCAGCAUAUGUGGGAACUCCUUCAAGACUGUUGGAAAAACAUUCCAGGUGAAGCGAGUUGAGCUAGUUGAGAGAAUGCAAAGAGUGUACAAAGCUGUCAUCAAGGCAAAGGAUGGCUACUUUGAAGAAUCUCAAAUAUAAAAUAUAUUUAGAUUUGUUUGAACUUUUUUUUGGUUACUACAGGAUUCCAUAUGUUAUUUCAUAGUUUUGAUGUCUUCACUAUUCUACAGUGUAGAAAAAUAAAGAAAAACCCUUGAAUGAGUAGGUGUCCAAACUUUUGACUGGUACUGUAUAUAUAAAAAAUCCACAUCCAACCAUAUACAUUUUAUACGCACGUGUCAUUUUUAAAUAUGUCUGUCAAUUAACAAUUCUGCUGUUCUUCAAAGCCUAUAAAAAGCAAUAGAUCUGAGUGAGGUGUGUUUUAACAGCUAGACAGUCGCGAGUAGGAGAAGACAUGGCAGGAGGAACAAGACAUGUAUCUCCUGGCAACCACUAGCCGUCGGCAAGACAGCAUGCUGAAUUUAUUUUUUAUUUUUUACAACGAGCACGUGUGCGCCUAUGUUGAAAAAUGUAGACACACA